UCCAAUAGCUGCAGCAGCACAGCAGUCUGAAGCAAACAGUGGGAGUAAAGACAGAAGAAAGUCAUGCAUGGGACGGACAAUGCUCAUGGAAGAAUUUAGGACGAGUUUUGGAAGGUAGAUUUUGGACGGUGUUUGCAGAAAGACGAGAAGCCCGGACAAAGAGUGUUCCCAGGGCUGCCUGCAGAGACACACUAAGCUCCCCACAUCUGGUCUGCUGGAGGACGGGGCGAGCCGGGGAGGCAAAGUUUUUAGAGGCGGAGAGAAAAGUGUCUCUCGCUGGUGAAAAAUGCACUGAACCGGGAGUUUAGGGCACCUAUAUGAGACGAAGAGAGAUUUGGUGGCCGUGUAAAGUGACAAGAGUGGAGGGAACGAGGACUGGAAGGGCUGGAAGUCCACCUGGAGCGGCCAGAGAAUGAAUUAGCCCAGGCUCGGCUGCACUGCGUCCCACACACAGAUAAGGCUCACCCCUCGGCCCCUCCACCUCCUCCCAUAAGAGCCUGCCUUUCGCCCAUGGAUGAGGAGAGGCAUGCCCCUGCCAUCUCCCCAGAGCCACCUGAUGAUGGGGACCCCAAUCUACCAGAUCCUCAACCAAAUCCACACUCAGAGAGACCAAAUAGCUGUCCUAGUGAAGAUGCUGCCAACACCUACACUGAGCCCCUCAUACUGAGGUCUAAUGUCAUCCCAGAAAGGCUGCAAGGUGAAGAUGGAGAAAACUGCACCACCGUUCUUCCACAUUCAGACAUUACGACGCCCACCAAGACGAUCACAUCUCAGCCUGCAGCUAGAUCCACACCCAUCCACCACACUCAGCCCUGUCGGACGCAGCCCAGCAGCCAAAUGCGAAAUGGAACCAAGCACCAUGCACACAUACACUCCCCCCACACACACUGUCCACAUCACACACACACUCCUCACACGCACACACUCCAUUCCAACGGAGUCCGGAAUGGGGGUCCACACGAGCAUCCUAAGCUGGGGUCCCUCCCGAGAGGCGGCUCAUCCACCUCCUCAUCCUCUUCAGCAGGACCCAAACACACCAAGAGAUUGCAGUCUAAUCCCUCCAUCACCUCCCAAAGCAGCAAGAGGAGCAAGAGUAGCUCCAAAAGCAACAGCUCCCAGAUUCCAACAGAGGCACAGGAUGACUGCUGCGUUCACUGUAUCCUGGCCUGCCUCUUCUGUGAGUUUCUAACUCUUUGUAACAUCGUGCUGGACUGUGCCACCUGCGGCUCCUGCGCAGGUGACGACUCGUGUUUCUGCUGCUGCUGCGCUUCGGAGGAGUGUGGCGACUGUGACCUGCCCUGUGACAUGGACUGUGGCAUAAUCGACGCCUGCUGUGAGUCUGCAGACUGUCUGGAGAUCUGUAUGGAGUGCUGCAGCCUUUGCUUCUCCUCCUGAGGCCUGAGUCACCACCACAGGAUGCAUAGUAGAUGUCUGCUAUAUGAUCCCACACACCCAGGAACAACUUCGACCAGUGUAUAAUCAAAGCUGCACCCAGUCUUUGUUGUCAUAGCUACGCCUGGGCGUUGUGGUUCACAUUAUACUGGCUGGCCCCAUUGGUUCAACUAUACAGGAUGUCCAAUGAUUUUACAGGGUUUGCCAAUUAAAAGAUGUGGCUUAAUGCUGAGAGCAGUCACUGAUGAAUUCUUCAGUCUAUCACAAGUUCAAAUGGAGUCGUGUCCUAUCCUGCCUUGUCUUUGCUGUUAGUCCACUGCUACACAGCUGGAUGUAUGGUGCAGAGUUAGUUCCAGCUGUGGUCCAUAAGUGACUUCCAGGCUUUGCAGACCAAGCCUCUGGACCCUCACCGAACAAGCUAUUAUUACAGCGGAGCCCCUUGUGCCAUUUGAAUGACUGGAGUUCUCCAAGCAUGAAAAAUGACCUCCAAAGGCAAAUGAGAAAAUGGCUCCAUUUAACCGGAUUUUAGUGUUUCUGUAGAUAAGAGCAGCAGCAUAAUGGGAAAAUGGACGCUCUGAUCUCAGUAGAAAUGUCGUCUGUCCUCCUGUUCGUGGCAAGGUUAAAGUGUUCCAAUUUGAUUUCAUUCAGUGGCCUUUGCAACACACAGUGGAUGAUGAAUCUACCAGUGUCUUUCUCCUUGUUGCAAUGUAAAAAAAAAAAAAAAAAAAAA